CCCUCUCUCUCUCUCCUCCACAGAUCCAUUAUCUCCCCACUAUAAAAACCAAUCCACAAUCCCCCGCCGACAUCCGCCAUUUCUGCAACCUCAAACCCAAUGCCUCUGCGCCCCUCCCUCUCACUCCCUCUCUCAUCAUGAACCACAACAGAUCCCUCCUCCUCUCCUCCAAAUUCCUCCACAUAAUUUAGCCUCUCCAGAUCCAAUGUACCACUCGAUGAAGCGCACUCUGCGGCCGCUCUACACCGCGCUGCUCCUCCUCGCCCUCGCCGGAACCCUAACCCUCAGAGUCGCGCUUCAUCACCAGAACCGAACCUCCUACCUCCGAUACGACGCCGCAUCCGCAUCAGCAUCACCUCCAACCCCCAGACCGCCGCCGUUCAACGAUACGCUCCUCCGAUUCGCGGCCGUCGAUGCCGCCGAUGCCAAAUUGAAGAAGGAGAUCGAGGAUUUGCUGGAGGGGAAUUUCGCCAGCCGCGGCCGCCAGCGCUCCUUCCUUUCCUCGGGGAAGUACCACAUCGAUGUGAGGCUGCGCACGGCGCGGGGGAUGCCGCUGCAGCUCCGAUCGCCGGAGUUUCACCGCAUUUGGCAGAAAUUCCGCCGGCAUCUGAGCGAUUGGGCGAGGAAUCGGAGGUUUUUCCACCCGGAUAUAAUGUCGGAGCUCGUGAAUGAGAUCAAAUCCUCGAUCGAUGAUUUCAACGGCGUGAAACGAUCAAUUGACAAGUACAGGAGCUGCGCCGUCGUCGGAAACAGUGGAAUUUUACUGAAAUCGGAUCACGGAAACCUAAUCGACAGCCACGAAAUCGUGAUCCGAUUGAACAACGCUCGGAUCAGGGGAUUCGAGCGCAAUGUAGGUUUCAAAACCAACAUCUCCUUCGCCAACAGCAACAUUUUGCAUCUCUGCGCUAGGAGAGAGGGCUGCUUCUGCCAACCCUACGGCGCGAGCGUCGCCAUGAUCAUGUACAUUUGCCAGCCUGCGCAUUUCCUCGACUAUUUAGUCUGCAACGCAUCUCACAAAUCGCCGUUGAUCGUCACCGAUCCGCGAUUCGACGCCUUAUGCGCGAGGAUUGUGAAGUACUACUCGUUGAAGAGGUUCGUUGCGACGACCGGGAAGGAUCCGGUGGAGUGGGCGUCGGCUCACGACGCGGUGAACUUCCACUACUCGUCCGGGAUGCAGGCAGUGAUGGUGGCGCUGGGGGUUUGCGAGAGGGUGAGCGUGUUCGGGUUUGGGAAAUCGAGGGAGGCGAGGCACCAUUACCACACGAACCAGAAGGCGGAGCUCUCGCUUCAUGAUUACGAGGCGGAGUAUCAGUUCUACAGGGAUUUACAGAGAUCGGAGGCGGAGGUGGCAGUGCCGUACGUCUCAGAUAAGUUCAAGUUUCCCCCUUUUGUAAUGUACCAUUGAUGUUGUUUGAGUAGUGUAGCUUUUUGUGGAAAUUGGUUGAGUCAGUGUUAGUUUUGUUUGUAUUGUGAGAGAUGCAUCACCUUCCAAGAUUAGGUUGUGUUGUUGUGUUGUUGCUUUGCUGAUCUAAUUGUAAAGUGAAAUCAAAGAAUUUUUACACGUUUACCUUAAAAAGCAGCUUCUGCAGUGAAC